ACUUCAGGCAAUACUUUAAAUUCCAACUACAGAACUCGACAGAUAAUUACUUUUCAUUGUUUUUUUUAUUUGAAGGUUUGGUGAAUAAGAUCCUGUCUGCUGGUUUCUGGAUUCCAUUGAGUCGGCUGACAUACUGUGCUUAUCUUGUUCAUCCUAUUGUUAUCAUCGUACUUCUUGGAUCAUUUGAGACCGCACAGGCCUAUUCUGAUGUUCAUUUUGCUUUUCGUUUUGUAAGCUUUGUCUUCAUGUCAUAUGGAGCAGCCUUCAUUUUGUCUGUGUGUGUGGAAUUUCCAAUCAUGCAACUGCAGAAGCUUAUUUUUAAAACUGACCGUUGAAUUGUGACGUCAUACAAGGCUCUUUCCAGAUUCAACUCCCUUCGCUAUCGCAUAUUCAUAACUUUUAGUUUAGUCCAGUAAGAUAAGUACUUCCUGUGAAACUUUUAUUCUUCGUUAUACUCCAGUAGAUGAAUGGGAGAAGUGUCUUGGCUAUUCCUAGCAAUAUUUUAUAAAAAGAGUGCCAUUUUAAGUGUAGAAUACGUAGGUAAAGAAAUGCCUGGCCUGAGAAAGUCAUGUGUGGUCAGGCCUAGAUACGUUCACCUUACUGUGAGUAAAAAUAACGUCUAACAUAGUAUUUUAACAGAAGAGCCUCAGUAGAAAUCUAUGAAUGCAUGACUAGACAUUAGCACUUGGUAAGGAGUACCACAUGUAAGGAACACCUUACACACAACGUUUUCCAAACUACAUCGAUGAAAUCUAAGAGAUUUGCAGAAAAAAAUACCUUUUGUCACUGCUUUUACAAAAAUCAAUGAAUGCAUGAAGAAAGGUCUGGAAGGUUUGCUUCCAGAUUCCGUUGAAUCUGGCACUAAACACUUUUCGGAUUAAUCAUGAACCCCGUUUUUUUUUCACUUGGACUCGCCUGAAUUCUUUCGAGGCAAAGAUAUCCAGACCUGAAAUGAUUUGCCUUUUGCUGUUACAGUGCUCCCGACACGAUGGUCUGCAUUUAUAAGCAACUAGCGACAGAUCCUUCCUAUCUUUGAAGUGUAGACUUAAACGUGUGCCUUUCAAUAAAUGCCCCCUCUCUGUGCUCUCUCUACAGAGGGAUCUCCCCCCUGAAUUGGUCAUGUUCAAAAGUAAAAAUGAAACAUUGAUUGUUUAAGCAAGGCUCCCCUUUUGGAAACAUCUUGAUACCUGUAGCAUAAAUUAGUUAGAUUGCUUCCUAAUUUAUAGUCGAUAUACCUCAUUUUAGUUCCAUCCAUGUAAUAUUACUUUACUGUGAUUAAAAAUAUUUAUAAAAUUCUCAUUCUCGGACUUAAUGAUUGAAUCACUUUGGCUCGACUACCAGGAAAGGGUGUCUCCGAUAUCUCAAAGAUCGCUCCCCAUUUCUAAGAGGAAUUGAGGACACCUGGGACUUAAAGAGCGUAUCCCUUUGGUAUCCGUAUUAGCCGGGUUCCAUCUGCAAAAAGCCAAUCACCAAUUGAACACGAGAGGAGAAUGUUUCAAAGCCGCCCCGUUUAUCUUAGAAUAGAAUUUCAUGUGUUUGUGCAAUGACUUGUACGUCAUUGGUAAUUUCAACAGGAACCCCCUUGACAAUAUUUUGUAUCAAGACAGAACUCUUCUACAAAUUUUGCGACGGGACGAGAAAAGGUUAAGCAGAAGAGUGUAUACCAGAAGAAGUUUAAAGAACCCACUAUAUAAAUAUAAGGAGUCUCAUUCUUUAUAAAGUAUUCUUCGGCAAGGCCGAGAAUCGUUGCGUGACUUCCUAUUGUCGAUCAAUAUAUUAUCGGAGACUGGAAAGGUGUCAUCGACAGUGCUCUCCAGCAAAGAUGACCUCUUUUAGACUAUAAUAUUUGCCAAGUUAGCAGUUUCUUCAUUUUCAUCCGGUUCCAGCAUUUAAAACUGCGUCACAAGUUAAUUUCAGUUUAAAUUUUGCACAAUUCAAUGUUCACGUGAUAAGAACAACAACAUUCCGCCGGCGACUGGUAUGAUGACUCUGAUGUCAUCGAUACGUCAAUAAAUCUCGUACCAACACAGUACCUCGCCAAAGGAUGGCCGCUUCUAGACGCAUACUUGCAAUCUUUGCAGUUUUCUUGGUGUUUUGUCCAAUUACAACAUCUUCAACUCCAUCUCCUGGACUGCUUUCCAAAAACUACGCUCAGAUCGCACAGCACUUUGGCUUUUCAUUCCCAAAGCUUGGAAAUAUUUCUUUCGCGAACGUCGGCAAGCAGUGCAAAGAAACUGUGGAGAAGCUGAGCAAAACUAAUCUUGCCUAUCCUUAUCUGGAUGCUAUUGGUAAACCUCAAAGUGGACUUCUUCUUGGCAACAUUGGCUGGUUAGGAUCCUACAGUGAGUGCACUAAGUCUAUUGUAAAUGCUCAUUAUUGCUUGGCUUAUAUCAAAGUUCCUGCUGUCAAUAUCACUCAGUUAUUGCCUAUUCGUUGGGGGAUCUGUGCACCUAAACAGUGUAGUGAAGAGGAUGUAACUAAUGCUCUACAAGAUAUCUUCUCAGAAUUAAAUACAGGUAACUCAACAAUAGCAGUGCUAAGUCCACAGCCAGCCAAUGGCUUUUCACCUGAAGGUGGAACCAAGAAUUUGAAACCUGUUUUCUGUGACAAGAAACCAGAAUACACAACAGGAGUAAUAAUCACAUUGGUUUUAUGUGGUUUAAUUCUAUUCCUCUGCCUUGUUGGGACGAUUGUGGACAUUGUUGUAAGCUUUGCAAAGUCACACUCCUCACCUGUCAACAAAAGUGAUGGAUUUAUGCCAAUCAGAGAUGGUUCCAUAGCUACAGAUUACAAUCAGGCACCUAGAGGUCAAAGUCCAUUUGCAAAGAGUAAUCUUGACAGUGACAGAACAAAUCUUCACCCCUCCCCUGAGGUGAAUUUAAGUGGAAGUACAAGUACAACUUUAUCAAGCUAUCAACAUGAACCAGCAGGACCAAAUGUGGUGGUACGAUUAUUUUUGUGUUUCUCUUUGAUUCAAAACACAAGUCGUAUUAUGAAUACAAAUGUUCCUGCAAAUGCCAUUACUGCAAUCAAUGGCAUGAGAGUGCUGAGCAUGUGGUGGGUCAUCCUGGGACAUACAUACGCUUUCCAACAGGCAACACCUUUAAGUAACCUUCUUCUGACUCUUACAAUUAUUCAACGUUUCACAUUUCAAGCUGUUGGCAAUGCAACCUUUUCAGUUGACAGUUUCUUUUUCUUAAGCGGCCUCCUAGUUGCUUAUUUGUCACUUCGUUAUAUGGAGAAGAAAAGUGGACAGCUACCACUUUUCAGUUACUAUUUUCAUCGGUUUUGGAGGUUAACUCCAGCGUACAUGUUUGUUUUACUGUUUUUUGAUAAAAUGACGCCAUUUCUUGGUGAAGGUCCCCUUUGGUAUGGAAUGCAAGCAGAAAAUCCUUGUGACAAAUACUGGUGGACUAAUCUGUUAUACAUCAACAAUUUUUAUCCUACCACAAUGAAUAACUCGUGCAUGUUAUGGGGCUGGUACCUAGCUAAUGACAUGCAGUUUUACAUCAUUUCUCCGGCCAUCCUCUUGACUGCUUACAGGUUUCGCCUGCGAGGACUGCUUGUUAUUGUUGGUGUGUUGAUGAGUAUCAGUUUUAUUACAACAGCAAUCCUUUUUGCUCAUUAUGACCUUGCAGUUGUUCAGCUCAGCCCUGCAGCUCAAGCUGAAAAGGCUGCUGGUAUUGAUUCUCAGUCUCUCACUUAUGAAAAGCCUUAUUGUCGUAUUGCUCCAUACCUUGUUGGUAUGGUAUUGGGCUACUUACUGCUUCAUGCAAAGGAUUGGAGGCUACCCACCAAGGUUCACACCUAUUUAUUCAAUAUGGCUGGCUGGUGUGUUGCUAUCAUUCUUGCCCUGUCCACACUGUAUGGUCAGUAUAAAGUUUUAAGAAAAGACAAUCCUCAACCAUUCUCUCAUGUUGAGAAUAUUAUAUACGGAACUUUUUCACGUUUUGCAUGGAGCUUAGCACUGGCUUGGGUGAUUUUUGCUUGUCAGCGUGGGCUUGGAGGUUUGGUGAACAAGAUUCUGUCUGCUCAUUUCUGGAUUCCAUUGAGCCGGCUGACAUACUGUGCUUAUCUUGUUCAUCCUAUUGCACUAAUAACAUUGCUUGGCUCAUUUGAAACUGUACGAGCCUAUUCUGAUGUCCAUGUUGCAUUUUGCUUUGUGGGCGUGGUUGUUAUUUCAUAUGCUGCAGCCUUCAUUGUGUCUGUGUGUGUAGAAUUCCCCAUGAUGCAACUGGAGAAGCUCAUCUUUAAAAGUGAUCAUUGAGCCUUGAAGUUACACAGUUACUUAUUGUAUUUUUAUAGCUUUUACUUUAGUCUAAGAUGCGUAGCCAGCGGUAUGUCAUGCGCAAGUGUUUUGUUUUAGUGACAGAAAAGGUGCCAGGGGACAGGGAGUAGUCAAGUUGAAAUCCUGUCUUGGCUUGGCAAGGUUUGGGGAGUAAAACAAAAGCAAAUAUUUACUCAUUUCUCAAUCUUGACAUAAUUUUUUUUGUUUUAUUUCCCUAUGCCUUGGUGCCACGUUACGAUUUUAAUGAAUCAAAAUUGGUCAGUUUUGAGGUUUUUGGAACUACCUGUUUGCCAGUGAACAGGAAUUUUGGACUGGCUGAAAACGGUGACCAUGUGGCAAUGCAUCAAUCUUGUCUCUCUUAUUAGAAACCUUGGGAAAUCCCCAGGGUGGGUACUCUGUACUUGUCCCAGUAAAAUUAGGUGGGUGUGUGCUGCCCGCUUCCCAAAACCCUUACCCUAUUUGUUACCAAAAUCUGCGAUUUUCGCUACCCUAUUUAUGACCUAA